GUGACACCUACUGAAUGCGUGUGGUUUUUGGUGAAUAACCCUUUUCUUGAAUUAUCAAAUACAAUUCGGUGCUUCAGGAAUAUAUGAAGAUUAGAUCCAAUGCGUUAGAAAUAUGCUAUAUCGGCGUUUUUCAGGAGUAUAGAAUGAAUAUAGUGAAGACGAAGAGUUCCGUUCGUCUCUGUACAAAAUAUGUCCCCACUGCAUGACUGUGGGAAAUGCACUAUGAUUGAUCUUGUGUCAUUUGUUUUGAUUUGAGAGGAUGGAAAAAGGAGAUGAUGAGUCGAGUGUGAGGGUUGCUUUGCGAAUCCGCCCCAAGAAUGCCCGAGAAAAGAUUGAUGCGUGUCAAAUGUGUACGCAGGUCACCCCUGGGGAGCCUCAAGUUCUCCUCGGGAAAGACAAGGCGUUUACUUAUGAUAAUGUGUUUGACAUCACUUCCACUCAAGAGAUGCUCUACAACAUGUGUGCACGCUCCCUCAUUGAAGGAUGUCUUGAAGGAUAUAAUGCUACUAUAUUUGCCUAUGGGCAGACUGGUGCUGGCAAGACAUACAGCAUGGGGACGGGGUUUGAUGUCAAUGCGAGUCCCGAAGAGAUAGGAAUCAUCCCUCGCGCCGUUGACCACUUAUUUCAAGGGAUCGAGGCACGCAAAAAUCAGGCGAGGGAGAGAAAUGAAACACCGCCAGACUUCAAAGUCACUGCUCAAUUCAUGGAGUUAUACAAUGAAGAGAUCAUUGACCUGUUGGAUACGACGCGAGAUCCGAGUGAACGCAACAAGAAGUCACACAUCAAAAUCCACGAGGAUGCUGGUGGAGGGAUCUAUACCGUGGGAGUUACGACACGUCCUGUGGCUUCCAUGCAAGAUACAAUGCAUUGUUUAAAAGUUGGUGCUUUAUGUCGAACUACCGCGAGUACGAAUAUGAAUUCUCAGUCGUCCAGGUCACAUGCCAUAUUCACACUCCACGUCAAGCAGCAGAGGGUCGUGCCAGCGGAGGCUGAAGGAGAAGAGGUUGAGGGAGAGGAAGAAGAAAUGGUGCAAAGAGACAGCAGUCCACAGCUGUGUGAGUUUGAAAUGCUCACUGCCAAGUUUCACUUUGUGGAUCUUGCUGGCUCAGAGAGGCUGAAACGCACUGGUGCUACUGGCGAUCGGGCCAAGGAGGGUAUUUCUAUCAACUGUGGUUUACUUGCGUUAGGAAAUGUGAUAUCUGCCCUUGGUGACAAGAUGAAGCGAGGUUGCCAUGUGCCUUAUCGAGACUCAAAGUUAACCAGGUUAUUACAGGAUUCACUCGGGGGCAACAGCCGCACAGUGAUGAUUGCGUGUGUGUCGCCCUGUGAUCGAGACUUCAUGGAGACAUUGAAUACAUUGAAGUAUGCCAACCGUGCUCGCAACAUUCAGAAUAAGGUGACGGUCAAUCAAGAUAAGACGAGUAAGCAGAUUGCGGCGAUGAGGAUGGAGAUUAAACUCCUGCAGGAAGAACUGAUGGAGUACAAACAGGGUAGGAGAGUGGUUGACGGUGAUGGUGUUGAGACAAUCAAUGAUAUGUUCCAUGAGAACACGAUGCUACAGACAGAGAAUAACAACCUGAGGAAGAGGAUCAAAGCCAUGCAGGAGACCAUCGAGAACUUGAACGCGAAGAAUGUGCAGCUUCUCUCUGAGCGAGCGUUACAGAAUAUCACCAACAUCUCAGGGGACGCCAGCCAAGAUGAGAUCAGCAAACUUAUCCAGGGAUACAUUCAGGAGAUUGAAGAACUCAGGACAAAACUUGUCGAAUCUGAAGCGCUGUGUGAGACACUUCGCAAACAGUCCGCACGAUCACCCUCCAGUCGAUCCACGAGUUCCAUGGGCAUGUCCAUGGGCUUGUCGACACCGAUGCAGUCGAUGGGGGGUUUCGGUGGCUAUGAUGUCAAUGCGUCACAUGACGAUCAGGUGGAGGACAUCCUUGAACUCGCCAAGCAAGAUCUGCAGAAGCUGAAGAAGAAGACAUAUUCACGGCAGAGUAGUAAGACAAAGAGCCAUGGGAGUAUCAAAGAGGAACCAAGCGACAAUGACAAGGACAUAAACGAAGCAGAGGACGAUGAGAACGUUGAGAGCCAGGAGAAGUCAGAUGAGGAUGUGAGUGAUGAGGAGAUGGAGGCAGAUCAGGAAGAGGUCGAGGUGGACCUCGGUGAGGAGAGUAGCGAGGACUCUGACAUAGAGGAUCAAGACUCGGACAACAUCCACGAGGACCUUGCUGAGCUCACAUGCGAAAUCUCUAUCAAGCAGAAGUUGAUCGAGGAGCUGGAAGUGAGCCAGAAACGGCUGCAGACGCUCCGUCAUCAGUAUGAAGAGAAGCUGAACCUACUGCAGGCCAAGAUCAAGGAUACGGAGGUCGAGAGAGACACAGUAUUAACCAGCUUAGGUAAAGUAGAAGUGUCGUCUGGCGACCAAGUGAAGAAGGUGAAGUCUCAAUAUCAGAAGAAGCUGGACGAGAUGCAAGCAGAGGUGAAGAAACUGCAAGCGGCCAAGAAAGAACACUCCAAGUUAUUGCGCAAUCAGGCUCACUAUGAGAAACAGCUGAAGACACUGCAACAUGAUCUGACAGAGAUGAAGAAAACCAAGGUGCGCUUGAUGAGCCAAAUCAAGGAAGAAGCAAAGAGGAACAAAGUCAGUGAAUCACGGACACAUAAAGAGAUUGCUCAAUUGAAGAAGGACCAGAGACAGAGAGAGGUUCAGAUCAAGAAUCUCGAGUCAGCAAAACGCCAGAAGGAAAUCAUCCUCAAACGAAAGCAAGAAGAGGUUGAACAACUGAGGAAGCGUCCAGUGAGAAACAUGUCUGCCAGAGUAGCGGGUAGGACUGGCAGAUAUAACUAUCCACUGCCUGUCUCAAACAAUAAACAACCUACCAGCACCAUCACCAACAACAACAACAUCAAACCACCUACUCGUAUUCAGAGACGGAGAAGUAAUCGCGACUUUUCUUCUAAAGCUGCUAAACAGAAAUGGGAUGCUGUGGAGAAGAGUGUGAAUGGUAUUGUACAGAGGAAGCAAACAGUCUCGCACAUGGAGAAAGACAUGAACACUUGGUUAAAGGAAAGAGAAAAGCUUGUUAAAAAGGUGGAAAAAUUGAGUCGGAAACGUCAAGAAGCUGUUGUUGAAGAGAAGGAUGAGCAGUUCCUUGUUGACCUUGACUUUGAGAUUGAGAACCUGCAUUCUCGGUUAGAGGAGGCUCAGGACAAUAUCUCCGAGUGCCAGUCUAAUAUCAUGGAGUUGAUGGAGAUCAAGGAUGAAGAUGCCAUGGCCAUGAUCAAUACAUGUACGCUCGAUGAAGCCAGAUACUUGUUGGAACAUCUACUCGGCUUUGCCAUCAAUAAGGGUCUUUCAGCAGCACAGAAAGAGACUGAGACAAAAGAGCUGACGGUGAAACUGGGUAAAGUCAAGCGUCACAAUAGCUUCCAUUAUUCCCUCCUCCAAUACGUGAUGCACCAGAGCAAUGCCGGCAUUGAGAUUGAGGAUGAAUGGCUCAACAGGCCGCCGGAUGAAGUUUCAGAGUCCGACUCGGACAGCAGCAGCUCGGAGACGUCUGGCUAUGAUCGAGCUCUGAGAGAAACACCAAACUAUCUGGACUCAUUCCUGCCUGAGAGUACAAGUACGCCAAACAUCCUCGAGGCCAAGAAAAAGAAGGAAAAGGCUCGUAGAAAAACAGCUACAACAGAAGACCUCUUAUAUGCCGGCACGAACCCUUCUGAGGGAGCCAAGCCGCUCCUUCCAUUGGCUGAACCUGAAGAUCCCCAUUCACCCAGGUCAUCAACGUCGCCCUUGCUACCAGAGAAUGAUGAGAAAGUGACCGAUCCCCUUCAAGUACUGAAACAAUCGUUAUCACUUCCUAAAGACCCCAUGGCUGUCCCUAAAGGCACUAAGCAUGGAGGCAUCCUUGGCCUGCGUGAAAGCUUAGAGAAGUUCACCCAGGAGUUGCCAGUUCCCAAGCAGCAGGCACCCAGUGUGGCUGACUCGGCAUUGAUGCCUCCGCCAAAAGGUCUGCCGUUGACGAGGGCUAAUCCAAGUCUUGUCACCACCGAGACAGCCAACAGUCGACCUGAACCCUCCCCAGCCAUGCGCCGUAAAGCAUACAACAACCGUUCUACCCCUGAACCUUCUCCACAGAUGAGGCGCCGCAACACCAAUGCCAUGUCUCGGCAGAACUCACUGUGGCAGCACCCCCUUUUCCUCAUAAAUAACAGGGAUCGUGGCAGUGAUGCAGAAGGUCCGACUCCACCAGGCUCGCCAACAGCAAGCAGAAGAAGCUCCGUUACAAAUCCUAUCGAGUCGAGUGAUGUGUUUUCCAGGCUGACAGGGUCAAGGUCAUCUUCACCUUCAAACAACAGUGGUAGUAUCAACCCGAAUACAAAGUUACAGUCGAGCAAGUCGUGUCCACUGGUGUGUACACACAAGGCUGAGGGUCAUACCAAGGCCGUCCUCUCAGUGUGUGCUACAGAUGACCUCUUGUUUAGCAGCAGUAAAGAUCGAAGUGCCAAGGUGUGGGACUUGAACACUGGGCAAGAAGUAGCCACAUUAGCCGGUCAUCCCAACAAUGUCACCUGUGUGAAGUACUGUGAGGCAAGCCAUCUGGCCUUCACUGUGUCAGCUUACUUCACCAAACUAUGGGACAUCAGGGAUAAUAAUAAGUGUGUGAAGACACUGUGCUCCUCAGGCCAGUCUACGAAUGGUCCGCUGGCCACAGCAGCCUCAUCCUCCCGCCAGGUAGGCCUACCUCUCGGUGAGAUGAUGAUCAACGACAUCGCACACAAUCGCCAGGGCACCAUGCUCUUCUCCGCGGCGGGCAAUCUAGUCAGACUGUGGGACCUGCGACGCUUCCUGCCGGUUGGUAAACUCAGCGGUGGCCACCAGGCGGCGAUCAUGACACUGACUGUGGAGGAAGAUGAGCAGGUGACUGUGGUCACAGGAUCAAAAGAUCAUUAUAUCAAAGUAUUCCAAAUGCCGCAGACAGCCAUCGGUGUCCUCACACCCAAGUACAACCUGGAGCCGCCGCACUAUGAUGGCAUCCAGUGUCUGGCUAUGACUGGUAACGUCCUCUUCAGUGGAUCCAGGGACAACUGUAUCAAGAAGUGGGACGUGGCCGAACAACAACUCAAACAGUCUUUAAACUCGGCUCACAAAGACUGGGUGUGUGGGCUAGCAUUUAUGCCUGGUGGUAACUGCCUGCUGAGUUGCUGUCGUGGAGGCUACCUGAAGCUGUGGCAUGUUGAUAGCUGCAUGCAGAUUGGAGAGAUCAAGGCCCAUACGAGUCCUGUCAAUGCCAUCACUACCAACUCAUCAAGUGUGUUCACUGCCUCAAAUGAUCUGACGGUAGGAAUCUGGCGAGCUCGAAGCAUUGAUAAUUCAGACAGCUGUCAAUCAGAUAACGACGAACGUGAUCGUGCCACCUCGUUAUAACGACCGAGAGUGGGAAGUCUGUCAGGUCUGAUUGUGGAGUUUCCUACCGGAUGAUAGCGUCCAUCUUCAACAUAGGAACAUAGGAAAUCAACUUGAAGACUUGCCUACCUGCUUUGAUGAGAGAUCGAUUCUAGGAUAGAGGCAUUGGCAGAGUUGGACCGUCUCGGGGAUGAACACUAUGACAGGAGAGGAAAGAACAUUCUAGACUACCUCACACAUUGGAGGAGAUAACAUGCUGACAUCUGGGCCAUGAUUUACACCAAUAUCUAUGGUGGAAGGCUGUGGUGAGAAGCUUGGUAUUAGCUCAGAGAACCUCAGUCACAUGUCUUAGCCAUUGGGUUCCUUCUAGAGACCCUUUGCAACGAUAAUCACCACCCGGGUUGGAGCUGCUCUUGAUAGGUGGCGUUCCUCAUACCAGUGCGAGUCGAGGUCAAACCAAGCAGACAUUUGUACUUAUGAGUGAAGAGAAGCGAGCAACGUCACUUUGAUAUUUUGAUGGGAGGUUUUGUGUCGUUCCCAAUGGGAACUUUGCCUUUGUGCUUUAUUUGUUCAAUCAAUCCACGACUGUCUGUCUUCAAUUCUGUUGACAUUGCUGCUACCAGUUUGGGCUUUGUGUCUGUCACAGUUUGAAUGUGAACUUGUGUUGUACUCAUUUGGUGAAAAAUCUUAAUAAUUAUGCACUUUUAUAAAGAACGACUUGGGGUAGCAUUCCCCUCAACUAGAUACUCAGGACAACUAGGACAUAUAUUGACUAAUUUCCUGAGACACAAGCAAUUACUAAAGUACGUAGUAGAAAAGCAGUAUUUUAUGUACAAACUUUCAGUGUAAAUUGAUUAGAAUUAUUUAUAAUGUAACUUAAAAUGGGGACUGUGUGCUACAACAUGAAGAUCCCAACAUGCUGAAUAUAAUCCAGUUUAUGGUCUUUAAUUGUUAUGACGCACAACAUCGAUCAAAUAAUUCCACUUACUCUAAACCCCUUUAUCUUCCAAAGCUCAAUAUUUUCACGAGAGUCCAUGCAAUCACAAACUUGAUAUAAUCUGGGAUCGAGAAAAUGUGCAGCUUAAUGAUUUCAUCAUGGAAGAGUAAAGGAGUUGAUUGUAUCGAUAGACCAACAGAAAUAUUCAAGUUGUCUCUUGCACCAUUCUGCUGACGGUAUGGUCAGGCCUUCCUCCAAUGUAUAGAUCAUUCCAACAGUAUUUACAAGACUCAUUACUGCUGUAGUUCAUGGCCAGGUAAUCCAUCGAUAAAGGGAUUUGCUCAUGUCAGUAUUGAAGCUAAGAGUUAGAUGUCUUCCAAGAAUAAUCAUUCCUCCAGUCACCAAUCACUGUGGCAGGAAUCCCUAUUCUUAUAUGAGUUAUCGAAGGGAUUGUAGCUGACUUGGUUCAAGGGCAGAUGUUGUACUUGAAAGUGAUUCAGAUGUUGUACUUGGAGGUAAUUCAGCAGGAGAUUUUAAGCUGGUUAACACUGUUGCUUAUGCAGAAAAAUGUAAACUUUAAAGUUGCCCAAUUCAGACCAGAAAAAUCGGUCUAAUUCCAUAACUCUAGUUGAUCUAAGUGGUCAGUUAUAUGUAACUGUCUCGCUGUCAUCGAGUAGAGAUUCUUUAAUCUAUACUUUAUUAUGUGCUUCAUACAUGUAUGUCAAUUGUUUUGUUGAAAUUGUUAAUUGUGGAUUAUUUUGAUAUAUUUCUUGAUGUUUGUAAGUUCCCUUGUGACGUUUCAUUCCUUUGGGAGCUGGACAGAUGUCACAGUUUCUGUGUGUCAGAUGAACACAAAUGUGUGGAAUCAGCUCUUCUUGAAAUUUAAAGAUCCUUUCAUUCUUUUGGUGGGAAGGCAUCGCCAUCUAGUGAUAAAUAAUUGUACUUGUGCAUCGGUAAGCGGUCACGAAAUUAAAGUAAUAGUUUGCAUUUUGCAUAUAAUUCUAUAUUUCAAUGAUUUUGUGACAUUUGUCGCGCUCCUCAGAAAUAUGUGAUGUGUUUUGAAGAGUUGGUCAGUUUGUGUAUAUAUUGAUUUCCAGAGCGACGUGAUAACUUCCAGAACAUUCGAUUUGCUCAAGUUGGUUUCUCAAUAAUUUGUACGGUUUUCAUGAUGUAUUGUAAUUUAUUGAAUUGUGAUUUGUUUGUGGUCUGCAUUAGAAAAACACUAUGCCUCGCACCCGGAACAUGGACGUGUUGCACGAUACAUGGCCAGGCCAGUUGAAAGCACAGUGGCGCUACUGAGCCUCGAGGCCUAUAGUCUUGGCAGUCCUAACUUUAACAGUAGCCACUGUGACCUGCUAAGCCUAUCUGUAUUCAGUAUGUUUGAGUGAGAAAAGCAUCCCAUUCAACCCUGAAGGAAGAGGCAUGAUGUUCUCCUAAUGUGUCUGAUAUGUCUACGGUUUCAGUCAGCUUGGUGAGAAUCAGGCUUCUAGUUGGUGAUCCUGAUCAAACUGAUGUGGAAUCUGGUGUCAAGACAUGUUUUGCUAAUGUAAUAACUCGUGUCUUUGUUCAGUUAGUUGAAGUUCAGUGACUUUGGAUAUUUUGAUGGUUAUUGAAAGUCCCCGUCGAGUCACGACUGGAAUCUCCAGAUACUGAAAGUCAAUCAUGCAAUUAUCAUCCUGAGGAUCAAACCAAAACAGUCUUUAAGGUGUCAACGAUUACAAUGAGAAGUUGUCAUGCAUUGCUGGCUUUGUCUGCUUCAAGCAAGUAUCACUGCGAGUCCCCCUCUUCAAACUUACAACACAUCGUCAACGCAAAAAUAUCAAAGCUUAGGCAUUUUUCAGCUGCUUGGUAAACUUUUGUCAUGAGGCAGUGUUACAAAACAGACAGCAGUAUGUAAGGUGUCUCAUCACCUGUAUUGUGUCACAGUCUUGAUGAACACCUGACGAAAUGGGCUCAUACACCACAACAUCUUUGGCAAGCGUUGGUAACUAGCUUUGACCACACGAUUUAGUGGUGUUGUCACAAGUGAGGAGGGGGUGUACAACUACAAUUGAUAGUUGCAUAUCAUAGCCUGUAAACUUUGAUAUUGUUAUAUGCUAUAUAAUGCAAUGCUAAGAUACAUGUAGUGUAAACAGAUCGUCUUUUUAUGAAAACUGCUUUCAUAAGACAGGGUAUUGGACCACCUGACAAUGGUCUGUUUGCUCUCUGAAUUUCCACAAAUAAAAACCUGUAUAAGAACCAAUGGGUGAUUUGAAAAAAGACCAGUAAAUCAAUGCUUUGACUGAAAACUACCAGUCCUGUGUACAUUUACACAAGGCCUCUUCUCAGUGCAGGACGUAAGCACAUUCACUAUUCUUUAUUCAUAUCACCCAAUGUUUAUCAACUAAAUAGUAACUUCUUCACAUGUUAAUGAGGCUUGAUGAUGUGAGGAUGUUUCUGAUCCAUUCCAUAAAUGUGUCAUUUUUCGCUCUUCACAAAAUGUUUGCAGUGUGAGCCUUGUAGAGGAGCUGGGAACAUGCAGUUCGUACCGCACUGCUGGUCCUCGGUUGAUUUCAAAUUCCAUCAAUGAGUUCAUUAUAUUCUGAUGGCAUCUCUAUUGUUAAUGUCAAUGACUCUUCACCAGUAUGAAUACCAAAACACCCUUCUCCAUGUCUUGCUCAGGUUCAAUCUUCAACUGCAAAUAUUUUGUGAGGAGUUGCUUAAUUUUGUUUGUCUCCCUUGAAUGACGUUGUGAAUAUUGUUCAUUGUUUCCAUUUGGAGCUGAGCGCCAACACAGGAAGCUGUAUGGGAGAGCCUUAAUAUGAAGACUAUUUAUACUGUAUGCUACUGGUGCUCACAUUAACUGGUAUGAAAUAAACAAAUGGUUUUCUGUGGGAA